GGGGGGCGGCGGGGACACUACAGGUCCCGGCGUGCUUUGCGACGGCGGCCGCCCUUCCUCCUGCGGCGCUGCGCCGUUACCGGUGCCGGUGUCUGGCGCGGGAGAGGCGAGAUGAGCAGGGCGAGGGCGGACGAGGAGGAGUACUGGCACAGCUCCAAGUUCCGGGCCUUCACCUUCGACGACGAGGAUGACGAGCUGUCCCAGCUAAAGGAAUCCAAACGGGCAGUGAAUAGCCUUCGGGAUAUUGUCGACGAUGAUGACGAUGACCUUGAGAGGGUCAGCUGGAGUGGGGAACCUGUGGGAAGUAUCUCCUGGUCAAUCAAAGAGACAGCCUCCAGCAGUGCUAGCUCCCUGGAGGGCCGAGAUUCCAGCCUGCAGAAGGGCUCUUCCUCCUAUACUGGUUUUCCCAAACAAGCCUCUUCCUACUCCCUAAGCAGCCUAUUCAAAGGGCGAAGCAAACUUCCAAGUUUCCAGUCCCUUUCAGAUGCCCUCUCUGACACAGGGGUUAAAAACUAUGCCCCGGAGCUGCGCAGACCAAAAGCCGAGUACAAGGAUUACAGCAGUGACUGGAGCCCCAAAGAUACUGUCAGGCGAAUGCAGAGGGGGAAGGUCUGCUCUCUAGAGAGGUUCCGCUCCCUGCAGGAUAAGCUGGUGCUCUUGGAUGAAGCUGUGGCAGGGCAUGAUGGAAACAUCAUUACAGCGGUCCUGAUAUUCUUGAAACGGACACUAAGGAAAGAGAUCUUGUUUCGGGAGUUGGAGGUGCGGCAGGUGGCCCUGUGUCAUCUGAUCCAUUUCCUCAAAGAGACGGGUGAGCAGAAGUUGCUUCUGGAUCUGCUCAGGUUCCUGGACAGGACUGAGGAAGUUGCACUGUCCCAGUACCGGGAGCAUUUGAACAUCCAGGAUGUAGAAAAACGAAGGGAGUUUCUGAAAGGCUGCAUCGGGCUACCAUUUUCAGCUGAGGAUACAUCUCACAUCCAAGACCAUUACACCCUGCUGGAGAGACAGAUAAUCAUUGAGGCCAAUGAUCGGCACUUAGAGACAGCUGGGCAGUCAGAGAUAUUUCGGAAAUACCCUCGCAAGGCCUCGAUUCUCAACAUGCCAUUGGUGACCACUCUCUUCUACUCCUGUUUCUACCACUAUACAGAGGCUGAGGGGACAUUCAGCAGCCCGACCAACCUGAAGAAAACGUUUAAGAUUCCUGAUAAGCAGUAUGUGCUGACUGCCCUGGCUGCGCGGGCCAAGCUGCGAGCUUGGAACGAUGUUGAUGCCCUCUUCACCACCAAGAACUGGCUGGGCUAUACCAAGAAGAAGGCACCCAUUGGCUUCCACCGGGUGGUGGAGAUCUUACAGAGGAACAAUGCUCCUGUGCAGGUGCUGCAGGAAUAUGUACGCCUGGUGGAGGACGUGGAGACACGAUUAAACCUUGCCACCAAGUACAAGUGCCAUGAUGUUGUCAUUGAUACAUACAGAGAUCUAAAGGAUCGUAUCCAGCUGGCAGCGUAUAGAUGUAAAGUGGAGCGGGGCUCUGCAGAAGAAGAGAAGAUAGACAGCAUUCUCAACAAUACGCAAAUCCGAUGGAAGAACUGAGCAGCUAUGAAGCAGCCUGCUUGGCCAUUGCCUUGCCAGUGAGAGAGGAAACCACAAAACCCGGUCACGUGCCAACAGAGCAACUGUUACUCGUCAUUGCAUGGUUAAUAUCCGUCAGUGACAGUGGGUGCCUUUGGCUUGUGGGAUGGGCAUUAGGGCUGGUUGAAGGCAGCUGCUCCAAUGUAGCCAGUGAAACAUGGUACUGAUCCACCAGGGUUGAUUCUUUUUGGAAUCUGAGUCUCUUUGACUUGGCUGUAAGCCAGGCAAGGCUUGUGUUUACAGAUGGCAGUCACUGGGCACAUCAGGGUUAUAUUUGCUCUGUGUGGAGUCUGGGCUUAUUCCAGCAAGAGGAACAAGUCAGUCACACUCAUGGAUCUCUCCAACAGACAGUGCAGACCAGUCCCUAUAAGACUCCCAGCUGACUUGGGCAUCAUCAGCCAUGGCUGUGUCCAGAGUAAAGCCUAUGGGGCUGUGUUCUCCCUGCCUCAAAGAGCAUGACAGGGGAAAGAAUCAGCUGUACCUUAAAGCCCAUUUUUCUUUUUUGUUGGCUUGUUCUGGCUUAUCCCAGGAAAAGAGGUGUUGUGUGAACUCCAGAGAGCCAGGGCAGCAGCCUCUGGCAAUACCUCCAUGCUGGUACUCAGCAGGUCCCUUCAUCAGGGAAGAGCAGGCACCUGGUGUGGAGCUGGUCAGAGCCCUGCUGGGUUGGGCAAAGACCAAGCAGGGACCGCUUUCAUUAGGCACAAACCUGCUGGCCCCAGCAUGCUCUUUUCUCUGAGAGUAUUAUGCCAGGAAGCAUUGAACUGCACCUCCUCAGAAACAUGACUCCUCAGGCAACUGCUGGCUUCAUCCUUCCAGACCUCACUUCAUUCCUUAAAUAAAGCUGUCUCUUUCUC